UAAAAAAUGAGUCUGUUCGACGUAAUGCGAGGGCUUUACAAGGCAGUGAUCAAAGAGGAAUGGAAGAGUGUGCAAGAAGAAUUAAAAGAGGAAAUGAAGAUCGUAUUUCCAAUGACCACGAGCAGAGACACGGCGUUGCAUCUGGCGGUGUACAGCGGAGAAGAGCAGCCGUUGAAGAGUUUACUGGCGGCGAUUACCACAGUGCGCGAUGAUUUCUGGAGGAACAGUGCCGGAAACACGCCGUUGCAUGAAGCUGCCACAAUUGGGAAUUUGGCGGCCGUGAAGCUUCUAGUUGAUUACAAUAAAGACGAUCUGUUAACAGCGAAUAUUUAUGGGGAAACUCCUCUGUUUAGAGCGGCUCGAUGUGGGCAUCUUGACAUUGUUGAGUUCAUCUUGGAGGACUGUGAUGAUUACCUGUCUCGAUCCCCUAGGAAUUGGACUACAAGAAACAAUAAACCCAUUAUUCAUGCAGUGAUUCAGAGCCAGAAAUUUGAUGUUGUGUUGAAACUGGCUGAGUUCGACGAGUCGCUGUUGGAAAUGAAGGAUUCAGAAGGCAAAACGGCUCUUCAAAUCUUGGCUAACAUGCCCCUCGCUUUCCAUAGCGGAUCCUCCCUCACCUUCUUUGAAUCAUUUAUCUAUACUCUGCUUCCUAACGAGGACAUUUACAAUUACAAGCCCUCAAAUUCUGAGUCUUCCAAAAACCAUGCGAGUUGCUGCUUAAAAAACAAGAAGAAUGGUGAUUUAGAAGCCGGAACCAACUCUAAUCGUCCACCCAAUUUUUGGAUAUAUUUUGUAGGAUGUUUGACAGGGCUGUUUUGGAGAUUCAUUUUUCUGGGAUGGCCACAAUGGAAAGAGAUGUAUAAGAAAAAGCGACACCACAAAUUAGGCGUAACCAUCACCAAAAAGCUUGCUCAAAUCGAUAAUUCAUGGCGUAAAACCAAAGUGACACCGGACACCACCGAAAUCGACUCCACCGGAAUCUCUCUCUCCGACGAAAACGAAAAACUGGAUAUCUUAGAAAUCCAAUCUAAACCCGUUAACAACCAAGGAGAAAUCCCAGACUUCGAAUACAAUGAUCACCAUGAAACCCCUCUCCUUCUCGCUGCCGCCAAUGGAAUUAUCGAGAUCGUCGACGAGAUCUUCCAAGCGAAUCCUCAGGCCGUCGAUUACCUAACGGUACACGACAGAAACAUCCUUCACGUAGCUAUUGCACAUCGCCGGAAAAAUAUCUUCGAUUGGAUUUUGAAACGAAGAUUAAUAAUGACGAGGCUUGUCAAUAGAAUUGACGACAUGGGAUUCACCGCACUGCACCAUGUGGGUAUCACGAAAUUCUACAGCGGUGGGACUCAUGGCCCUGCUCUGCAACUUCAAGAAGAGCUAAAAUGGUAUGAACGCAAAGUACAUGGGGAGCUUCCGCUUCCUGUACAUAGAAAAAAAUAGAAAAAAGUGGGAAUAAAUUCCAUUUUUCACUCUCACCC